ACGUGUCUGCAUAUCCAGUAUUUGUUAAUUCUAAGGUCAAACCGCCCCCAACUCACUGCCGAGUCACUUUAAUUCGAUGUAAAUAAAUAAGCAUUAGCGCAUGUGUUCUAGUAACGUGCUUAAAAUGAGUCAGUUUUAAUAUAACCGCAAAGAGGGGUUACAGUGCUGCACUUCCAGCGAGGUCUAUCAUUCUCACUCAGUCCAUAGUAGAACGAAUGUAUUCAACUUCGAUUAUACAUACGUAACUUUCGCUGUUUACAAACUGGUUAAAAUUAACAAAAGUACAUGUGGUGAAAGUUAAAAAAAUGGUUGAUAAUGUGGAAGAAAUUCGUAAAAAUAAUGUUUUGCAUUUACCCCAGCGCCCCGCCGUGGAUAUCGAAUUUUUGGAUUUAACGUUUACAGUACCCCAAGGGAGAAAAGGUUCGAAACUCAUCCUACGUAGCAUUAGUGGCAAAUUUCGUUCCGGUCAGUUGACCGCAAUAUUGGGACCUUCCGGAUCGGGUAAAAGCACUCUUCUCAACAUUCUAGCCGGUUAUAAGAGUACAGAAGCCACAGGCACAAUUCUAAUAAAUGGAGAGCACAGAAACCUCAAAGAAUUUAGGAAUAUAUCCCGAUAUAUUAUGCAGGAGGAUGUUAUCCAACCGUUAUUAAGUAUCGACGAAGCUAUGAUGAUUGCUGCAAAUUUAAAAUUAGGAAAAAAUGUGACAGUUUGUGAUAAAUUAGAGAUAAUUUCAGAUACAUUAGAUUUGUUAAGGUUAACCCCAGCGAGGAAUACUUUAACGAAUAAAUUAUCGGGUGGCGAGAAAAAACGUCUUUCAAUAGCGUUGGAGUUGUUGAAUAAUCCACCGGUAAUAUUCCUAGAUGAACCAACAACGGGGCUGGACGACCUUUCUUGUUCACAAUGCGUUUCUUUGUUGAAACAAUUGGCUAAAGGGGGCAGAACUGUGAUAUGUUCAGUACAUACACCUAGUGCCAAAUUAUUUUCUCUAUUUGAUGCUGUUUAUGUGAUUUCGUCUGGACAGUGCACGUACCAGGGUUAUGGUCCGGAUAUAGUACCUUACUUGUCCAACAUGGAUAUUACGUGUCCGACCCAUUAUAAUCCAGCAGAUUUCGUCAUGGAAGUAUGUGCCGGAGAGUAUGGAGACUGUCAGGACAAAAUGGUUUCGGCUAUAGAUAAUGGCAGAAAUAUAUACCGCAAUAACCAGUUAACUUCGCUCUUUGAAAGUAACUCGCCUACAGGAAAUGACCAAAAUGUUAUACACGUGAUGGAAUGCAUAUCUAACAAAGAACACAAAAAUACUAGUUGGGAUCAAUUUAAAAUAUUGUUAAUAAGGAUGUGGGUCCAGAUGUGGAGAAACAAAAGUUACCUUCUCUUGAAAGUAGUCUUACAUAUUGCUUUAGGGUUGUUGAUAGGCAAUAUGUAUAUUGGAAUAGGAGAAGACGGAUCCAAAACCAUUUUCAAUUUUGGAUUCUACUUCAAUUGUAUUAUUUACUUCAUGUACAUACCAAUGAUGCCUGUGUUAUUAUCAUUUCCUUUGGAGAUACAAUAUUUAAAACGGGAACACUUCAACAAAUGGUACAAUUUAAAUUCUUAUUUUUGUGCAUUAACUGUUUCUACCCUACCAGUACAAAUCGUUUUGGGUAGUUUAUAUAUUACUAUGGUAUACAUAUUUUCGUAUCAACCUUUGGAGUUUGGUAGGAUUGCAGCAUUUUUUGGAAUUUGCAUUUUGACGAGUAUAAUUUCGGAAAGUUUCGGGUUACUAAUUUCUUCAACACUUAAUUUAAUUAAUGGAAUGUUCGUUGGUCCUGUGAUGAUGGUACCAUUUAUAAUAUUCUGUGCCUAUGGAUUUGGUGAAGGUUAUGCUAGUAUACCAAUUCUCAUCAAAAUUUUGAUGCGCUGUAGCUACCUGCGGUAUUCUUUCGAAGCUUUAGUAUUAGUUAUGUUGAGAGGACGUAAACUCGAGUGUCCAGAAACGGAAGAAUUUUGUAUGUUCACCAAUCUAGAUGAGUUUAUUGAAAUAAUGGCAAUGAAUAAUGGCAUUCUGUGGGUAGAUAUUGUGGCCUUGGUAUUGUUUUUGAUAGUUGUAAGGAGUGCUAGCUAUUAUCUUUUACGACAAAGGCUUAUGCCUAAUAAGACUUUUAUGGCUUUACAGUAUAUUGGUAGAUUUAUCAAAACACAAAUGAGUGAGGGUCGAUAACGACAGUGAUAAUAGACUAUUUUUUUACAAUGUUGAAACAAUAUUGAAAAUAAAUUUAAAUUUAUAAGUAA